AUGGUGUACCUUAAGACAAGCCAGGAAUGGCUCGACCAUUCCAUGGCACUCCUGGAAGCCCGCCCCUCAACCACAAGAAUCACCACAUCAUACAAGCUCACACCUGGCCCAACACGACCUGAUGCCGACGGCGACACAGUGACCAAGCCCUCGCGUGGCGCCCUAGUACUCAAGACAUUCGAUCCUAUCAGCGGAGUCGUCAUCAAGUACCGUACCACAAAGGCUCAGGAGGUCACUCGUCUCAUUCACGCCUCGCUGGGUCGUUUGGGGAGAAGUCAGGCUGCUGUACCGGAUGUGCCUGAGGUGACGAUGGCAGACGCCGAGGGUGCAGAGGAGCCACAGGCUGCCACGUCUACACCGCAAGCGGCACAAGGGGGUGGCGGUGGGAAGAAGAAGAAGAAAGGCAAGAAAUAG